UAGGGCCCUGGUCUAAAGCAGUGCAUUACAUAGGGAAUAGGGCCCUGGUCUAAAGCAGUGCAUUACAUAGGGAAUAGGGUGCCAUUUGGGACACAGGCUUGUGGCGUCAUAUUGGUCUUGCGUGCAGCACAGUGGUUUAUCUAAAACAAACCAUUGUCAGGUCAUUACCGUGUCCAACCAUAACCAGGAAGUACAAAUCCAACCGUAUCCUACAGUUGCAAAUCCAACCGUAUCCAGGAGGUAUAAAUCUAACCGUAUCCAGGAGGUACACAUCUAACCGUAUCCAGGGGGUACAGAUCUAACCGUAUCCAGGAGGUAUAAAUCUAACCGUAUCCAGGAGGUACACAUCUAACCGUAUCCAGGAGGUAUAAAUCUAACCGUAUCCAGGAGGUAUAAAUCUAACCGUAUCCAGGAGGUACACAUCUAACCGUAUCCAGGAGGUAUAAAUCUAACCGUAUCCAGGAGGUCCACAUCUAACCGUAUCCAGGAGGUAUAAAUCUAACCGUAUCCAGGAUUAUUUAAGAAAAAAACAAUUAGUGGAAAAAAUCUCUGAAUUGGUCUGUCUGUGUGAAUGCAGCCGGUGUCGGGUUGGGUGGCCUUUGGGUCAAACACACAAGAUGUCUGUCUGUUUAAUGCAGCCGGUGUCGGGGUUGGGUGGCCUUUGGGUCAAACACACAAGAUGUCUGCCUGUGUGAAUGCAGCCGGUGUCGGGUUGGGUGGCCUUUGGGUCAAACACACAAGAUGUCUGUCUGUUUAAUGCAGCCGGUGUCGGGGUUGGGUGGCCUUUGGGUCAAACACACAAGAUGUCUGCCUGUGUGAAUGCAGCCGGUGUCGGGGUUGGGUGGCCUUUGGGUCAAACACACAAGAUGUCUGUCUGUUUAAUGCAGCCGGUGUCGGGGUUGGGUGGCCUUUGGGUCAAACACACAAGAUGUCUGCCUGUGUGAAUGCAGACGGUGUCGGGGUUGGGUGGCCUUUGGGUCAAACACACAAGAUGUCUAUCUGUUUAAUGCAGCCGGUGUCGGGGUUGGGUGGCCUUUGGGUCAAACACACAAGAUGUCUGCCUGUGUGAAUGCAGACGGUGUCGGGUUGGGUGACCUUUGGGUCAAACACACAAGAUGUCUGCCUGUGUGAAUGCAGACGGUGUCGGGUUGGGUGACCUUUGGGUCAAACACACAAGAUGUCUGCCUGUGUGAAUGCAGACGGUGUCGGGUUGGGUGACCUUUGGGUCAAACACACAAGAUGUCUGCCUGUGUGAAUGCAGACGGUGUCGGGGUUGGGUGGCCUUUGGGUCAAACACACAAGAUGUCUGUCUGUUUAAUGCAGCCGGUGUCGGGUUGGGUGGCCUUUGGGUCAAACACACAAGAUGUCUGUCUGUUUAAUGCAGCCGGUGUCGGGUUGGGUGGCCUUUGGGUCAAACACACAAGAUGUCUGCCUGUGUGAAUGCAGACGGUGUCGGGUUGGGUGACCUUUGGGUCAAACACACAAGAUGUCUGCCUGUGUGAAUGCAGCCGGUGUCGGGUUGGGUGGCCUUUGGGUCAAACACACAAGAUGUCUGUCUGUUUAAUGCAGCCGGUGUCGGGGUUGGGUGGCCUUUGGGUCAAACACACAAGAUGUCUGCCUGUGUGAAUGCAGCCGGUGUCGGGGUUGGGUGGCCUUUGGGUCAAACACACAAGAUGUCUGCCUGUGUGAAUGCAGACGGUGUCGGGUUGGGUGACCUUUGGGUCAAACACACAAGAUGUCUGCCUGUGUGAAUGCAGACGGUGUCGGGUUGGGUGACCUUUGGGUCAAACACACAAGAUGUCUGCCUGUGUGAAUGCAGACGGUGUCGGGGUUGGGUGGCCUUUGGGUCAAACACACAAGAUGUCUGCCUGUGUGAAUGCAGACGGUGUCGGGUUGGGUGGCCUUUGGGUCAAACACACAAGAUGUCUGCCUGUGUGAAUGCAGACGGUGUCGGGUUGGGUGACCUUUGGGUCAAACACACAAGAUGUCUGCCUGUGUGAAUGCAGACGGUGUCGGGUUGGGUGACCUUUGGGUCAAACACACAAGAUGUCUGCCUGUGUGAAUGCAGACGGUGUCGGGGUUGGGUGACCUUUGGGUCAAACACACAAGAUGUCUGCCUGUGUGAAUGCAGACGGUGUCGGGUUGGGUGGCCUUUGGGUCAAACACACAAGAUGUCUGUCUGUUUAAUGCAGCCGGUGUCGGGGUUGGGUGGCCUUUGGGUCAAACACACAAGAUGUCUGUCUGUUUAACAUGAAGUCUCAUCUCUCUGUUGGAGCCUGGUAGUAGAUCUAUUGAUCCUUGAUUUAUUUCAUCCUUUAGUCUGAUAUUUAUUCUCCUGGUUUCAAGAUUCUGGGAUCCGAGGCCUAGAUUCAAUCCGGGAAUCUGCGCUAUAACACCAAUUUUAAAAUUUAAAGGCAAUGUUUCCUGCGUUAGAGGACCCUGCAUUCACGGUAAACGCUGCGUACGUCAGCUCAAUAUGAAAUGAUCUUUACAUUUCAAUCGUGCUAUAUUGUGGAUCUCCAACGGCCCGUAUUAAAUCAAUCUAGCCACAUAGUCUGUCUUGUCUCCAGUCAUCUCUUUCUCUGUAGUAAUGAGGCUGGGGGCGGAGGAGGGGGGGGGUAGAUCUUACAUGACAAACAGAAGGAGAGCUGCUCCAAUACUGGUCCCUUCCCUGACAUGUUUUGUCUUAAUUACAACAUGUAUCGUAGCACGUCUAACGACACGUCUUCACCUCACAACACCGGGAGAGACUCGUCCAUCACGACAGCUGGUCCCCUCUACUAAACAAUCUGUCUCCGAUGUGUCGGUAGAACUCACAACGUUCAUUGGUUAGUUAACUCAAGUCUGAAUAUAAUUCCUAAAUUCUCCUUCAACAGAAUCCUCAUGCAGUUUUUUGUUUUGUUUGUUUUGUGAUCAUAUAAUUGGAGAUGACUGUGAAUGAAAUGAAGGAGAGGCAUUUUGUCCUGCCUCAUUUACACUGACUGAGAAACACCGUCGUACACUUUGUAGACUGUAGAUGCUAACUGGGAUCCUUGGGAUGAACCUACCCAUUUAAGCAGCAACAUGGGAUGCAAAAUUCAUCAUACAGGGAUGAUUUCUGUCUCUUGAAAACUCUGCUGACAAAUAAAACAUUUUGGGACCAUUGUUGACACAAUGGACUAAUGAAACAAAUACCAAAAGAUGGGUUUUGGGUGGUGAUUUUUCUUGAACUGUUUUACAUUUGAACUUCAAUGAGGUGACGUCAGAGUCGGACGUCCCAAGGAUUCCACUUAGCAUGUACCCUAUGUAGACAGGAGCAUGGCGGUCAGAGCCACAGAGGUCAUUUUAUCAGGAAUAUGGUUAUGUGGAGAAUCUAUGAACCUUUUCACACGAUCGUGCCAAACAGAACCACCCUGCUGACUCAGUUUCCUUUCACAUGGUUCUUUCCAGCAACUAUGGGAGAUGUGGAACCAGGCCAGUCCAGUUUGGCUGAGUGGUGUGAACAGAACUCCUCUGUGGAACCAGUCCAGUCCAGUUUGGCUGAGUGGUGUGAACAGAACUCCUCUGUGGAACCAGUCCAGUUUGGCUGAGUGGUGUGAACAGAACUCCUCUGUGGAACCAGUCCAGUCCAGUUUGGCUGAGUGGUGGGAACAGCUCUUAACUCCUCUGUGGAACCAGUCCAGUCCAGUUUGGCUGAGUGGUGUGAACAGAACUCCUCUGUGGAACCAGUCCAGUCCAGUUUGGCUGAGUGGUGUGAACAGAACUCCUCUGUGGAACCAGUCCAGUCCAGUUUGGCUGAGUGGUGUGAACAGAACUCCUCUGUGGAACCAGUCCAGUUUGGCUGAGUGGUGUGAACAGCUCUUACCUCCUCUGUGGAACCAGUCCAGUCCAGUUUGGCUGAGUGGUGUGAACAGAACUCCUCUGUGGAACCAGUCCAGUCCAGUUUGGCUGAGUGGUGUGAACAGAACUCCUCUGUGGAACCAGUCCAGUUUGGCUGAGUGGUGUGAACAGAACUCCUCUGUGGAACCAGUCCAGUCCAGUUUGGCUGAGUGGUGUGAACAGAACUCCUCUGUGGAACCAGUCCAGUCCAGUUUGGCUGAGUGGUGUGAACAGAACUCCUCUGUGGAACCAGUCCAGUCCAGUUUGGCUGAGUGGUGUGAACAGAACUCCUCUGUGGAACCAGUCCAGUUUGGCUGAGUGGUGUGAACAGCUCUUACCUCCUCUGUGGAACCAGUCCAGUCCAGUUUGGCUGAGUGGUGUGAACAGGUCUUACCUCCUCUGUCCUGUCAGUAUGAGAUCAGUCACUUUUUGAGUAUGAAGUGUAACACUGCAGCGUACGUGAUCAGCCACUGAGCUUUGACCAAAACACUCUUUGUGUGAGUCCCAAAUGGCUCCCUAUUCCCCACAGGGCUCUGGUCUAAAGUAGUGCACUAUGUAGGGAAUAGGGUGCCAGCCCUGGUCUAAAGUAGUGCACUAUG